AAAACAGAAGAAGACCCUUCAUUUUCCAAUUGUUCUCUUAGCUCCAGAGCUUCCCCACCCUUUCCUUGUCGAAUUCAAUUAGUGGACCCAAAGCCAAUGUCCCUUCCUUGGACUUCAAGGCAUUGAUAAGAUACAUGAUUGUAAGACAUAUAUCUAGUUCUACCACUCUGAAGUCCUCUCUGAGCUCUUUAGAUGGCUCUCAGUUCCCGUUCAUCGAUCAGCCCGAGCUGCGAGAGUGCCUGCCAAGAAAUCCAUGCAAAAUGGAAUCAACUCAAAUUUCUUGGUGAGACGCUGGCAAGCCGAACUCCAGCUGAGAGGCAACAAAUCAAGGAGACGUAUCGCGCCAUGUAUCACGAGGACCUCGUCGAACACCUUCAUAAGGCCUGGAUGGCCAACUCAAAGGAUGAGAUGUUCGACAUAUUAUACAUGUGGAUGCUCGAGCUUCACGAGCGUGACGCCAUGGUGGCAAGGGAUGCAGUGGAGCGCAGCAAUGUUGAUUACAAGGCCCUCAUCGAGAUGUACACUCGUCGGAAAUCAAACCAGCUCUUCUUCAUCAAACAAGCUUACCUUGCAAAGUUCAAGAGGCACCUGGACCAAGAUAUCAUCUCUGAGCCACCCCACCCAUGCCAAAGGAUACUAUUGGCUCUCGCUGCAUCCCACAAGUCCCACCAUGAUGAUGUCAGUCCACACAUCGCCAAGUGCGAUGCCAAGAGGCUGUAUGAAGCUGGGAAGGGGAGCAUGGGAUCGAUCGAUGAAUCUGCGAUCCUUGAGAUGUUCAGCAAGAGGAGCAUCCCACAGCUGAAGCUGGCAUUCUGCUGCUACAAACAUAUAUAUGGGCAUGAUUACACCAAGACGCUCAAGAGAGAGAACAGUGGAGAAUUUGAGGACUCGCUUAGAGUUGUGGUCUGCUGCAUAUAUAAUCCAUCCAAGUACUACUCCAAGAUGCUGCACACAAGCUUGAAGGAGGCAGAUGCUGAUAAAAGAUUGCUGACAAGGAUGAUGCUGGGUAGUGCAGAAGUGGACAUGGAAGAGGUGAAGUCUGCAUUUUUAAAGAGAUACAGGAAGAAGCUAGAGGAUGCCAUUUGUGAGAGUCUUCCAGAUGGGGAUUACAGAGACUUCCUUGUGGCUCUAACAAAUGCUCCAAUCUCUGCUUCUUGAUUUCUGAGUUAUGGGCAUCAUCUUCAUGUAGAAUCAGCCAUAUGGCUUACAUGGUCAAAGGUUUCACAAGGUUACAUUGUCCCAAUUUCAUCAAUUUGAAUACUGGACAUCAGGAAACUAUUAUCAAUAUAAAGAAAAUCUUAUAAUUUCAAAACAA